AUGCCCGGAACUAAUGCAGUCUAUUCAGUAUGGAAUAUUGCCUGUGGAUUUGCCAAAAGCAAAAACCAACUGUUGGUAUUUCGCUUUCUGGCAGGUCUUGGGGGCAGCGCACCGCUGGCGAUCGGAGGUGGUGUCAUUGGUGACGUUUGGAGAGCAGAAGAGAGGGGACAGGCGAUUGCAAUAUACUCUCUCGCACCACUUUUAGGCCCUGUUAUUGGCCCUAUGUGUGGUGCAUGGAUCGCAGAAAGGUCGACUUAUAAAUGGGUUCUGUGGUCUACAAGUAUCGUUGAUGUCCUGGUGCAACUUUCUGGGUUAUUCUUUUUACGCGAAACAUUCGCUCCUGUACUUCUCGAAAGAAAGGCCAAACAAAUCAGGGCUAGGCUUGAUCUCGAGAAUGGUUCCAAACGAGAAGUCCGGACUGUCUUCGAUUCCACGGACCGAACAUGGAAAACUAUCUUCUCCAAAGCACUGACACGCCCAUUUCAACUGUUUAUCCACGAGACGAUCGUACAGAUCCUUGGAAUCUACAUGGCCUUUGUGUAUGGACUUUUCUACCUCUUUCUUACGACUAUUCCCGCCAUAUUUAGCGGUAUAUACCACGAAGGCUCUGGUAUCGGGGGGUUGAACUAUCUCGCAUUAGGACUGGGACUCGUCGUCACCUCUCAGGUAAACGGCCGAUAUAUGGAUACCAUCUAUAGAUACCUGAAAAGCAAGAAUGGAAAUGUUGGUGAACCUGAGUUUCGUCUUCCUACUCUUGCUCCGGGCUCGCUGUUACUCCCCCUUGGACUUCUACUAAGCGGCUGGAGCGCACAGAACAGGCUUCAUUGGAUUCUUGUAGACAUUGGUCUUGCCUGUGUCGGAUCAGGGCUAAUCCUUGUUUACCAAGGGAUACAAACCUACGUCGUCGAUACAUUUACAUUGCAUGCCGCAUCUGCGCUUGCUGCAGUCUCUACACUGCGAGCACUAGCUGGUUUCGGUUUCCCACUUUUUGCGCCUUCUAUGUAUGCAUCACUCGGAUAUGGUAAGGGAAAUACUAUUUUGGCGUGUUGUGCUAUUGGAUUGGGAUGUCCAGCGCCUGUUCUUCUAUGGAAGUAUGGAAAGAUGAUCAGGAUGGGCAGUCGAUACGCGAACAAGCAAGUUCAGAUCAAUUUAUCGCCAUCAACAGCGAGCACAACUCCUGCCUCAGGAUCAACCCUCGAGGUCGAUACUAAACAAAACACAAAUUAG